GGGCGAGCGCCGCGAACCUGGGAAGCGGAUCUGUCCGCGCAGUUCGUACCGUCAGGUCUGGGCGGGCCCAGCGAGGGACCCCCUAGCCGCUCUCCCCAUGGGGAUGUGUUUUCCCUGUCCGGGGGAGUCCGCGCCUCCCUCGCCGGACCUGGAAGAGAAAAGAGCAAAGCUUGCAGAGGCUGCAGAGAGAAGACAGAAGGAGGCUGCAUCUCGGGGCAUUUUGGAUGUUCGGUCUGUGGAAGAAAAGAGAAAGAAAAAGGAAAAAAUAGAAAAACAAAUUGCUACAUCUGGGCCCCCACCAGAAGGUGGACUUAGGUGGACAGUUUCAUAAGCGUAACGUGAGUAGAAAAGUCUACUGCCAGUAACUAAUAUCUGCAAUCAAGUGGACGUCCGCAGCCUAAUGUCUUCUCUUUGAAUAAAUAAAAUAAUUUAUUGUAAUUGUAGUGCCAUUAAAUGCAGUCAGUGCUUUUCCAGUAUUGAUAGACCGAAACUGUUUUUGAUGUUCAAACUUAGAAAAUGGCCAGACCCUUCAGCAAAUACUUAUUUUCUUACAUUUGCUCUUGUGCAGGUAGUGGGUGAUUUGCCAUUUUUUAGUAAUUAAAACAUGGACCUAAAUAGUGAAUAUAUAUAUAUAUAUAUAUGUCGCAUGCAAAAAGUCUGCAUACACCUCAGACAUUAAAGUUUGCCAUUGUAUUUUAUCUCCUUUAUACGAUGACCUAGCAAUCUAUAUUUUUCUGCUUAGCCUUGUAUCUGUUUUUAUUUCAUUAUCUAUGAAGGCUUUUGCUUAAAAGUAUGGACUUUGUGCCUUUAAACUGAUCAUCAGGGAAAAUGUUGAAAAAUCAUUUGAAGGGCUUAUGUGAAGGGACACUGUAAAUUUUUGUAUCUUACCAAUGAAUGAGUAAUGAAAAUUUGUAGAAACUGUUGAAUUUCUCCUAAUUUAUUUUCUAUUUCUGUGGCUUAUAAAAUUAACAUGUAGGGUUUUACAUUGCAAUAAAAGUGUUUUUUUGCUUGCUGAAUUUAAAAUUAUAUAUUAAUAGUACCAUCAGAGGGCAGUGAUCUAUUACACGAUGUCAGACUCAGCUCUAAAGAUAUUUGUAGUAACUGAAUGAGUUAAACUAAGAAUCUGAUGGGCUAUACUGAGUGAUAAUAGAUUUGUCCAAAUUUCAUAGGUGUUUUUAUUCUUUUGUAUUUAUUAAAGAAUGAUCUCAAGAUUUAUACACAUGCGAAAUUGCCAAGGCAAAUGUGAAUGUAUGAAAUAGAAACAUGUAGGUACUGUAUUUAAAAGGUCUACUUUAAACAUAAACAUACUAUGAGGUAACUCUAUGUGAUGCAUAGUCAUAAACUUUUCUAGUUUUUGUUCAUUAGUAACAUGAGCAUUAGUAACAUUAUAGCAUUUUUGUUUUUUGAAUUUUCCUUUUUAGUAUAUAAUAAGCUAAAAUAGGAGAAUUCCUGUAUCUUUUAAUUUGGUUGCUAACUCUUUUGGAUGACAAGGCCACAAUCUGAGCCCUAAAUUAGAAUUUGUAAGACAGUUAAGUGCCAAUGGAGACUAUAAAUUAGACCAGCUUAUUUGAUUUACAAAAAGAAAACUGAGCCAUCAUUGUGCUCAUCCCUCCCACAAGACCUGUAUUACAUAGCAGUAUAUCAUAUAUGAUAAUUUUAGAGUUUGAACUAUAUUAUAGGUCUCUUGACUCUUCAUUGGAAAAAUUAUUUUUUCUAUUAUGGCAUAAAAUAGUUUAUGAAUAUCCAGGCAAGACAUAUAUUUAGACAGGCUCAGUUUUUCUUCAUCCUUUAGAAGGUCAGUGGUAUUUUUGUUGAUAAAGGAUAGUGAAAUCAUUGAAUUUUAUUUUAGAAAUAAAAUUUUUGACUUUAUGAACAUGAUUAAUUUCUCCAAGGCAGAAAGGAAGAAAAACAUCAUCAGUAGGUAAAUAGAUAUAAAGCCAGAAUGUACUAACCUUGAACUGUGUAAAUCCUUCCUUCUGCUUUAAUAUAGAAAGAACAAUUUUAUCUGUACUAUGUCUUAAGAAUUACAACUUGAGUUGGUGUAAACAAAGGUUUACAUCCAGGGGAUAAUGCCCUGUUUCUAAUAGAGUUUAUAUCCAGAGACCAUGUGUAUUUACUGUUGAACCAUGAAUGAUAUGCUGGUGUAUUGCUUUCUGGGAACAAUGGGAUAUCCUGCUCCAGCCAAUCAUGCAUGGCCUGCUUCCAUGGGUAUAAUCAGCUUUCUGCAAAAAGAUAUGGGUUGCUUGGGCUAAGGGGUGAUACUCAAAUGUUAAGAAUAGUUUUAGGAAGGGGAAGGGAAAAGAGGAGACUAGAUGCCUGAUAGGAAACCAUUAAGUGACUACUAAAAAAAGCACAUAUAUAUCCAACCUCUCUCUCAUCAAGUUAUGAAUCAGUUCCUGAUGAAAACUUAACUUGGAGCCAAUUUCCCAUAAAUCAUAAUUCAAGUAGGAAAACAUGGUAAUGCUUAAUAUGUCACCCAAACCCUCCAACAAAUGACUAAAAUAUAACUGAAACAGUGAAAUACUUUUAUGUAACUAUCAUAUUAAGAUGGAAAAUGCUAAAACCACUGCUUCUUAAUUUUAAUCAUCCGACAAUAUGACUGGUAACAAAAAGUUGUAUAUUAUCAUAUAGCCCCUUUGUUAACAUGCUGCAUGUUUUUUAAAACAUCUAUAUGUGAUACUGUGGUUCACCAAUUGUAUUUGGAAUGUAAUUAAUAGUUUUCACAUACAUAGUUUGUUAUAAAUUCUGUAUUGCCUUAUGGGGACAUAAUAUACAUUUUUCUUAUAUAAAAA